CACACACACGCGCGCGCGCGCGCAGUCUCUCUCGCUCUCUCUCUCUCUCACGCGCACUUGCGCUUUCUCUCUGUCCGCGCGAUGAAGGAGCAGGGCUGUGCGGAAGAGAUCGCGAGCAUCCUGCGCGAGGCCCCCGCGGCGCGGAAAGCGCUCCUGGAGAACUACAGCAACCUGCGCAAUGUGGCGGAGUACUGCGAGAACAACUACCUGCAGGCCGGCGGGGACAGCAUCAAAGCGCUGGAGGAAACCAAGGCCUUCACGACUCAGUCUUUGGCCAGCGUGGCGUAUCAGAUUAGCACGCUAGCUACCAACGUGCUGAAACUACUGGACGCUCAGUGCUCCCAGCUCCGGCACAUCGAGUCCAACAUCAACCUCAUCGGACUGACUGUGGACAUGCACCGUGAGAAGGUGGCACGGCGAGAAAUUGGUGCAUUCACCGUGGCUAAGAGAUACUCGAGGAGCAACAAAGUCAUCCCUCCUGCAUCCAGCAACGACCCCAAACCCAAAUACAGCCGAACACCCAUCUCCUACAGCGGCCUGGACACGCUGGGGCACGGCAUGAAGGACUCGAAGCCACAGGAAAGGAAAGCGACCAUAAACCGUAAACACGGUGGCACGCUCAGUAGGAACCGUCCUGCCGAGUGUCCCGUGGCUCCCACUUUGUCCCGCGGAGCGUCCAUAAGCUCUCUGAAUGAUAAAUCCAUGACCUCCAGUUUCGGUAAAGCCGUUCCUCCUCCGGUCGUGCCCAGCUGGCCUAUGACCCCCGAGGCAGACAUCAUCAGCACGCUGCUGGAGGACGCUGCUCCGCCCCCGCCCCCACCGAUGGAUGGAGAAGAAAGCGCAGGGUCUGAGAACGUUGUACCUCCACCCCCUAUUCCUCCCCUCGACAUGUGUGAUUUCCUCCCCCCUCCGCCUGUGGAUCCUGUAGAAGAGAACCAUGAGAUAGAACCUGCUCCGCCACUGGAGACCGUGCCUGAAGAAAACAGCCUUCCUCCUCCAGACAUUGAUGGACUUCAUCUUCCCGCUCCUCCUCCUCCCCCAAUGGAGAAUGGAGAAGCUCGGCGCUCUCGGCGUUCUCGUGGGCGUUGCCCCCCCAGCACCCGCUCUCUCUCUCUACGGCUCCGCUCAGGCUCCGCCCCUCGCCCGGUGCACACACGUUCGCUCUUUCUGUCCAACAGUCAAUCACUCAUUAUCCCCCCGCCCCCUCCAUACCCGCCCCCACUGGCUCCGCCCACUUCGAGCUCUCUGGGCCGGAUUCCUGCUCGCCUGCAGCACUUGGACCUGGAGAUCCCAGCUCCUCCUCCGCCUCUACCCAUGGACUGUAUGGAUGGGUUUGAAGACAUUCCUCCUCUCCCUCCACCUGUGGACUACGACACUUCAGCUCCUGCACAGUACUUGGAGAAAGUGGUGGCUAUUUAUAGCUACGAAGCAGGCAAACCAGGGGACUUGAGCUUUCAGGAAGGAGAUGUGAUCUACCUGACAAGGAGGAGCGAUGACGGCUGGUGUGAGGGCGUCCUGAAUGGGGUGGAAGGGUUCUUCCCUGGAAACUACGUCGAGACCACAAGCUAAAUGGAGAAACUCAAAAAUGAUUUAGCUCAGAAUAUCAUUAUGAGAAUUAUUUUUUUUUAUAGCAAAAGGAUGAUGAUGUGGUGUUUAAAUACAGUAAAUGCUAAAUAAUAUGUUUGAUUAUUGUGUACAUCACACAAACUGAUUUUAUAAAAUGACCAAUGCACUGUUUGUCUGUUUUUUAAUAUCAUCAAUACCUUUUAAUUAGUACUGAAAUAAUUUAAAUAUUUAUUAACACCAACUAAUAGACACAUGAACCUGAAUCAGUCGAGUCUCUGAAUCAAUCGACACGGUUCCUCCUCUAUGUUUCGACUUUAGCAAUCCUUUAAAUACUGGACACAUGAGGGAUCAAUGGGACUUUCCCAGAAUGCAUUGCUGUGGGGUGGGUUUAAACCCUGUUACAAUACAGUAGCAGAUUAUGUGUAAACAAUCUCAGUCACUUUCAUAAAUAAAAUCUCUUUACUUUA